AUGGCAGCGGACGAGAAAAAGCUUCCUACCUACGAAGUCGACGACUAUCAGGAAGGGGAGAUUGCCUCCAAUGCGGAUCAGCUGAAACGCCAUCUGGGAAAUCGCCAAAUCCAACUCAUCGCUGUCGGCGGUUCUAUUGGCACCGCUCUCUUCGUCAGUAUCAGCUCGGGCCUGAUGACUGGUGGUCCUGGCAGCUUGUUGAUUGCCUAUGCCGCCUACAGUUGUUUACUCGGUCUAGUCAACAACUCCAUGGCUGAGAUGGCAGUAUACAUGCCGGUUUCGGGAUCCUUUAUUCGCAUGGCUGGUAAAUGGGUUGAUGAAGCCUUUGGAUUUAUGGCAGGCUGGAACUUCUUCCUAUAUGAGGCUUCUCUCAUUCCCUACGAAAUCACGGCGCUCAACCUGGUCUUGACGUUCUGGAGCGACGACAUUCCUAUCGCGGCGAUAUGCGCUGCGUGCAUCGUUCUUUACGCGAUCAUUAAUAUCUUCGCGGUCAAAUACUACGGCGAGGCAGAGUUUUGGCUCUCAAUCGGAAAGCUGCUACUCAUCGGCAUCGUCUUCUCCUUCACCUUCGUGACAAUGGUUGGGGGGAACCCUAAGCACGACGCUUAUGGCUUUCGAUACUGGAACAACCCUGGUUCAUUCGCAGAAUAUGUCACCUCGGGGGCGCUCGGUCGCUUCGAAGGGUUUCUCGGAGCCUUGUGGUCUGCCGCUUUCACCAUUGUCGGCCCUGAGUAUCUUGCCAUGGUCGCCGGUGAAGCUGAGCGGCCCCGAACUUACCUCAAGAAUGGAUUUAAAACGAUGUACUGGCGAUUCGGCCUGUUCUUCAUCGGAGGAGCACUCUGCGUGGGGAUCGUCCUUCCCUAUAACGAUCCUAUCCUGGUAGCUGGCCUCGGUGCCGGCACGGCCUCAGCAUCCCCAUACGUGAUUGCGAUGAAGAACAUGGGCAUCAGUGUCCUUCCCCAUAUCACAAAUGCCCUCCUGAUUACAUCUAUUUUCUCGGCAGGAAACGCUUAUACCUAUUGCUCGAUGCGUUCGCUCUACGGGUUGGCCCUGGAAGGUCAGGCACCGAAGUUUCUGCUGAAGUGCACGAGGAGCGGCAUCCCGAUAUACUGCUUCGCCGUCACGAUGAUCUUUCCACUGCUGUCUUUUCUGCAGGUCUCGAACGAUUCGGCUCAAGUGGUUACCUGGUUUGCGAAUUUGACCGAGGCUUCUCAACUGAUUGACUACAUCAUCAUGAGCGUCACCUACCUCUUCUUCUACCGGGCUUUGAAAGUUCAAGGAAUCGAUCGAAGGACUCUCCCUUAUUUGGGCUGGUUCCAACCCUACUGUGGGUGGAUUGGAUUAGUUGGAAUGACUCUCGUCCUGGGCGGCUAUGGUUACACCACAUUCCUCCCUGGAUGGUGGGACAUCGGCACUUUCUUCUCGUACUACACGAUGGUUUUUGUUGCUGUUGUUACGUACGUCGGUUGGAAAGUUGUUAAGAGAACAAAGGUUGUUCGACCCGAGGAAGCUGAUUUGGUCUGGGACCGACCCAUCAUUGAUACUUACGAGGCGUCGCUACCAAACAAGCCUGAGGGUUUCUGGGCUGAGAUCUUGAAGAUGGUCGGAAUCAAAAAUAAAAGCACUGCUCAUGUGGCAUAA